GCCCGUUCAUUUCAUUUGAUCUAUUAGCCUAUUCAUGCACUUGAGCUAUUCAUAAUUUAAGAUAAUUUUGUUGAAAUGGUAUGACUGGUUACAAAUACAUUUUAUUUAUUGUAAGCGUUCAGAACGCUGGAUCGUUCGUCUUUUGGAACUCGGAGGCGCGUCCUAGUGCGCCCCUGAAUUGCUGUCUAUGUAGGCAGCUGACUAGGAUUUAAGACACAGCCAUUUCAGAAAGCGUCUCUGGCACAUGGGCUUUAUGAGAUCGCUCGCUCAGAAGCGUUCUAACGGGACGAGCCGAGGCGGUCACUAAUCCGCGUCUUACAGGCGUCCGCUCUUACAUGCCACAAUAACGACAACAGCAGCAGGCAAUCAUGACUAUAGACGCGCCCGUUAUUUUGUCCGCACUUUUCUUUACGAUUAUUGCCAUUAUAGUUGCAUCGGCGUUCCUGGCGAAAAAAACUGCGCAAAAGAAAGAACAGAAACAGCAUGAGAAAUCCGAGCGGGUUACCGAGUAUCACCAGCCCAUAGUAGAGCAACCAGCUCCAGUACAGAAGGAGGCGAUUAUUGAAAAGAAAAGGGAAGAACCCGUUCCUGUCGCUCCUGUCGUAGAAGCUGAAGUCAUCCCCGUGCAACAAACACCUGUACAGGCAGCUCCUGAGCCUGAGCCUGUACACAAAGAUGUCACAGCAUCUGCACCUGUGGAAGAGCCCAUCCCUGUGCCAGAGCCUGAGCAAGUACCCGCCUCGUCACCAGAACCAGUGGCCGCACCAGUGGAAGAGCCAGUGCCUGAACCAGUGAAGGAGUCUGUCCCAGAACCAGAACCAGUGCCUGAACCCGUCCCCGAGGUGCCCAUCCCUGAACCAGCAUCUGAACCCACCCCAGAACCAGUUUCUGUACCAACCCCUGAACCAGCACCUGCACCCAUCGCAGAGCCAGCGUCCGCACCAGCCCCUGAAGCAGCGCCUGUGCCCGUCCCGGAGACCUCACCAGCAGCCAAAUCUCUUCCAGAGGUCCUAGAGAAUAAUGAUGUUGCAGCUGCUUUACUGACAGAUGAGGUCGAGACCCCCGCAGUCGUGCCCGGUAAUAAGAGGACCACCAAGUUUGAGAAGAGAAUGACCGAGGAGGAGAUGGAAGAGGAGCAGAGAGAUGCUGAGUAAGCAGAAGUCGGAGCAUGUGGGGGGAAAAAUGCUCUCUAUAAUGAACCAAAUGAGGACCUUCGAGGAGUGACUUUGUGCUUUUUCUUCUUUUUUUCUUCUUUGAUUUCGGCCUGUGAAUACCUUCUUAAAGCAAAAUGCCAAAGAACAUAAGAUUAUCCUUUUUUUUACAGUUAGGUACAACUAUAUACUAUAGCCCUUUAAAACCUAUUAAAAGCAUAUUAAAACACUGUGAUGUUAUAGUUUACAUACAGUUCAUUUAGUGUACGAUUCAGAUACUCUUUUGCAAAGGAAAGAGAGGGAACUUCUUUCUUAGAUUUGAAUAAGGAAUUCAGAAAUUGGGAUUUCUCAUGACCUGAAAUAAUCUUGUGCCUUUGUUGAGCGUCAUGUGUUCUUGAGUCAGCCAAUCAGCAUUCAGUCUCGCAUUCUGCCCAUCCUGCUCUUCUGAAAUGCCAUCGCACGCUCUUGUGGACUCGCACAGCUAUGACCAUCACAGGCUGAUGGAAAAGUGCUUGCACUGCAGACUCUGACAUGUACAUGAUGAAAUGUAGAAACCAUGUGGAUUUUUGUUGUUGUUGUUGUUAUUGUUUUUGGAUGUUAUGUUAAAAAAUUAGGUGAAUCUCAUCAAAUAUAAAGAGGGACAUUUCAUACCAGAAUCAGAAGAGAAUGGAUAAGAAGUUAUAAUUUGCAUAAAGAAAAAUAAAGCCUAUUUUUAGAACUAUUAUGAUUUGUUUGCAUUCUAAAAAAAGUAAUAUUUUACUGUAAUAAAUAUGGUGAUACAUUUAAUUAUUGGUAAUACAACAGAUGCUACCACGUGUAGGCUACAUGCUUUUUUCUGCGCUAUUGUAAAGAGAAUAUCAUUUUGAUUUUGCAGUGAAAUGUGACUUUGAUAGGGUUUUGUGAGAUUCACCCUAAUGGCUUUUGUAAUAUCAAUAAAGAGCCGAAUUUGAUGAUUGACCAUUGUGGCAUUAUUUCU